AUGGCGAAAGUGCUUCUGCUGAGUCUCAGUUUUGUCCUCUGUCUGACGUCAGGAUGGACAUUUUGUCCUUCAAAGUGCACCUGCGACGGUGACAAGAACUUGCGUGUGUCGUGCGCCGAGGCGGGCCUCGAAGUUGUGCCAAUUCAGCUGAAUCCCGACGUGAAAUUCAUCAAUCUCGCCAUGAAUCUCAUCACAAAUGUCCACUACACGCUGCCCUUCUACACACACCUGGAGACACUGGAUCUCUCCCAGAAUCGCAUUGACACGCUGGGUGCGAAGAAUUUUGAGUAUCAGAGCAAUUUGCAGCGUCUGGACUUGAGUCGGAAUCUCAUCACGACACUGGGCAAGGAUGCUUUCAGAGGAUUGAAGCGUCUGCUGUCGCUCAACAUGAGCAGCAACUUCAUCGAGGGCAUCCACAGUGGUGCUCUGGUGGAUCUCAUUGCUCUCACGGAGCUCGAUCUCACCAACAAUCGCAUCAUCAGCCUCGAGGACACAUCCUUUCGCUCCCUGGGCGCACUUCAGCUGCUCCUGCUGGAGAACAAUCAGAUCCUCGAGGUGCCGACCAGCAAUCUCGUCUACUGUCAUCAGCUGAGACGCCUCGAUCUCACCGGAAACUUCAUCGAAUCCGUCCGCAAUGAGAGCUUCCUCGGCCUCAGGCUGCUCGACGCCCUGGAGCUGGACGGGAAUGUGAUCAGGGAUGUGGAUGUGGACGCCUUCACAGGCCUGCAAGCCCUCGCGUGGCUCAACUUUGCCGACAACAACUUGACAGUAAUGCCGACCGUACAAUUGUCGAAGCUGUCGAAUCUAACGAAUUUAUCACUGAGUGGAAAUAGUUUCUCAUAUUUGCCCGCGGUGGCGCUAUUGAAUUUAUUCAACUUGCGAGAGCUGCAACUCGAUCGUCUCGAGCGCUUGACUCGAAUUGAUUCACGGGCUUUUGUGGACAAUACCCAUCUCCAGCACGUGUCACUGGAUGGGAAUCAGGCAUUCUGUGAUCUGCCGCCGCGCCUCUUCCACGGCAAUCCCAACUUGGAGGAUGUGUCGAUGCGCGGCGGCGGCCUGAGGACACUGGAUGCCGUGCAGUUUCCGCUGGAUCGACUGCGGCGUCUGCAGCUGGCGGACAAUCCGCUGGAGUGCAACUGCUCGCUGCUGUGGCUGUGGCGACUGGUGCACGAGGAGGAGCGCCUGGAUGCGGAGGGCGGCGCCCCGAGUAGCCUCAGUCUGGACAGCGAGGCCAUCGGCUGCGACGUGGUGGAGGACAACGUGCGCCUCCGUCGACGUCUGAAGGACAUGUCCGAGGGUGAGAUGGAGUGUCCGGCGCGCCUGGUCACCAUCGUGUGCGCCGUGCUGUCGGUGCUGCUCGUGACAAUGGCGGGCGUGAGUGUUGUGCUGUAUCUGCAGUUUGCGCGACGCCGGAAGCGCAUCAUGGAGGAGCGCAAGAAUGUGAAUGAGCGCAUUGUCCCGCAGCAGAUUGACAAGAUGGAGCUGGAGCGAUAUCUGCAGGCUCAGGCGCUGACCAGUGAGUAUCGCACGCUGCGCCCCUGGGAGAUUCCCAUCAAGGAGGCCGAGCGCGAGGAGCCGGAUCACUAUGAGAAGUUCGACUACUUCGAUCACCGUCGCAUGCCGACGCCCAAGGGCACCCCCACGCCCCACGUCGUCUACGUAUGACUCCCAGGAGUCCAGCAGCGUCACAUCAUUCACAGGCACAACACUGAUCGAAGACCACCCCCAGAUACGUGAAGUCAGUGACAAAAGGGAUAGUCAGAUUGGAUGAACAAGGCGCUCCACGACAAGUCCGGCAGCGAGAUAUUAUCUCCGUUGAUAGCUCUCCGGAACGCGGCGGUAGGAAGCGCAUUGCCCGCGAUUUACUGCUCAAGAUCAUGGAGCAACAUUCAGCCCUCUGGAUGCCGUGGAGCAAGAUUUCUUGCACCACCCCCAUCUCUAAUCUAAUCUAAUCCUUUCGUGGAUCAUCCGCAAGUCUGUAAUCAGUCUAACUUUCAAGCUCCUCUUUUUCACGCACAAACUGCAUUUCCAGCCAAUUUUCUCUCUCUUUCUCUCUGUCUUAAAACCCUUUCCUCCCCCCUCCCCAAAAAUUAGUGGUAAAGGAUAAAGAAAGAAAUUCUUCAAUGUGGUGCUAAAUAAUUGUGUGAGAGGAAUAAAAAAGAUGAGAUAAACAUGACUUUCUGAUUAAGUGUAUAGAGAGCGAAGAGUAAAUUGUAGUAGAAUAGAUAGAAAGUGUAGUGUUUAAGGGAAAAUAUCUCAAUUUUGCUGCAGUCACGAAGAAUGAAAUCCAUGUGUGUGUGUGUCACUUUAAGGAUAAGAAUACGCAACAAUUCCCGAUAUUUAACACUCCUUUGUUGUUCUUUUCUUUCACAAAUCACCACAAGAAACCCGACAAUAUCUAUAUAUAUAUAUAUAUAUAUGACAUAAAAUCUCCCUGCUCUAGAGCUUUCCAUGAGGACUGGGGAUGACCCCCCAGUCAAAACCACACACCCCCCACACAAAAAACCCAUCAUUUUCUGUGUAUCUUUUAGUUUAGGAUGUCGAGAGAGAGAAAAAAAAGGGG